UCCAUCUCCUGUGAGGAACUGGGAGUUUGACUGUGAAAUUCAGGAACCUUUUCUCACCUCAGUUUCCCUCAUUUGCUCCAGAGCCCACAGCCUGUUCCUCCUCAGUAAAGAUGCAGCAACUCACUUGUAAUUCCCCUCCAGAAAAGGACGAAGAAACGCCAGAGGGAGAGUGGCCCUCGAAUGUGGAAACUGAGCAUGAGCCAGAGAACAGCAACUCAGACUGUGUCCCCUGGAAGCUUCCAGCGCUGAGUUCUCCUAGCUUCGUGGGGAAAGCAGAACCAUCCUGCCCAGAAAUGCAGCCACAACCCAUGGAGGCCUCUCCUCAGCUCUCCUCGAGGAGCCUGUCAAAACAGCACGGUGAGAGCCAGGGGAAUCUUCUCCAGUUUGACCGGCAAGCCCUGGGCCGCAUUUCUACCUCUCCCACUUUGAGGAGGUUGAGGGGCAGUGGCUGGGGGACCCUGGGCUCACUGCUGCAGCGAGAUGCCUUAGACACACGCACCUGGGGAAGCCGCAGGGAGCCUGCAGACUCCCCAGACUACCUUUCUAAGAGUCUACCUGGAAAUCCAAAGGAUUCUCCACACCUAACGUCAACCCUGAAGCCCAGCCCAAGGUUGCUUUCUACCCCUGAGAGCACCCUCAGUACUGCUGACUCCAUCAAGCCCCAAGCCAAGCCCUCUGUGGGGCGUGCCCUGCCCAUGCUUCAGACCAUCAGUGAGCAGCCGCUUCUCCAGGCUUCUCUCGAGGAGCAAAAAGACCACUCACUGCUCAGCCUCACCCCACUGCACCCAAGUCCUCAGGGAGAAAAAAAGCAUCAAUCCAGGUUCUAUGAGCACAGGCGGAGUUCUGUGGUGCUGAACUUACCUGGACUCGAGGUGUUCCCUGGGGACCUUCUGGUGUCAGAUGGAGCUGCUGAUUACCUGUGCCACCCACUUCUGCUGCUGAAUUCAGAAUCCAAAAAACCAAGAUGGCCUUUCUCCAAAAGAGGAUUGCAGAGCAAAGACAAAAACAAGCACAUAUCCGAUCUGGAAAACUGCCUCUCCUCUGUGACGAUUACAGACUUCAGGGGCUAUGAGUUCUUCAGCUAUAAGGAUAAGACCUGGAAUGAAGUCAUGGAAACACAUCAGAAUCUUCCUAAUGAUCAAUUAGACCCGAGAAAGCAGCAAGAGGCAGUGUGGGAAUUAUUCACGAGUGAAUGUACUUACUUCUUGGACCACUUAUUAGUCCUUAAGAUGAUCUUUAUGAAUACACUAAAAUAUCUGCAAAUUCAUGAAUAUCUCCUGGAUGUGAAUUUAUGGAGACUUUUUGCAAACCUGGAGGAGUUAACUCAGACAAGCCUGGGUUUUGUGAAUGGUCUUUUUGGCGUCAUGAAGGACUAUCUAGAUGCUGCUGAGACUUCACCAUCAGUGGAUUUCAUUUCUGUGCUCACAAAGUAUUUCCGAGGCAGCCUCUGUCAGAGCCACCAGACCUACUGCCUGAAUUACUCCGCUGCCAUCUUUUAUCUUGAGAGCCUGCGGCAGAGAGAUGACUUCGGAAUUUAUUUAAAGUGGUGUGAGCAAAAUGAACAAUGCAGACGGCUGCACCUGCCUGAGCUACUAGUCGCUCCACUGCACAGGCUGACUCGAUAUCCCUUGUUGCUGAAGAACAUCUGGAAGAGAAGUACAGACCCUACUGAGAAAAUCAUGAUCUACUCCAUCAAAGAAAAAGUGGAAAAGUCAAUCCGGGAUCUUGAAGGAAAAGUGAAGUGGCUUGACAAUUACCAAAAAUUUAGACAACUGCAGGAGAUCAUAGUGUGGCCCCCACUUUGGGAUAGAGAUAAAAGAUUUUUCAUUCCCGAGUGUCUGAAACACAUUUUUAAAGAACACAUGGCAGAAAACAUCUUGUCACCAACCAACAGACACCUUAUCUAUGAAGGAAAAUUAACUCUGGCAGAAAGCACGAGACUCCUGGAUGUUUAUCUCUUUCUCUUUGAUGAUUUCCUCUUAGUUACGAAAACCAAGCGCAACAAAAAGAAACUUGGAGGCUUGGAUACUGGUUUAAUGUGUCCUUCACUUACUCCUGAAUUGCAAACAGUUAUAAAAGAGGGUGGCUCGUGUACAGUACUUGAUCAGCCCAUUCCACUAGACAGAUUGGUGGUCAAAAGUAUUGAUCCACUCCACAUGUCAGUCUUUGGGCUGAGAAAUGCUUUUCUUAUACAACAUGAAAACAGAUACCGACAGUGUAUUGCAGCAUUCUUAUUACAAGCCCAAACGGAAAACAUCAAAAAAACGUGGAUGGCACAAAUAACAGCAGCAAUCUCUUCCUUUACCAAGAGUCAGGAAACCAAGAAAAUAUCUCCGUACACGCUGCCUUCAGAAUCCUCUGAAAUUUAAGGAAUGAAACAAGUGACACACCUUUUUAGAGAGUAGGGCUUAAGUUAUUCUUUCAUUCAAGCUUCUGUUAACACUCACCUAGUGAUGAACUAGAAGGAAAUGUGCAUUUUAAAGGAGUUGCAGAAUUUGAGAAUUUGAGCAAAGAAAGUCCUCGGUAUAGAGGAAUAAUGACUGCAACAAAUUUGAACUUUGAGGAAUUUCUUGACAAAUAUCUAUAGUCAGUCCUCCAUAUUCAUGGGUUCUGCAUCCAUGAAUUCAACAAACCCUGGAUGGAAAAAUAAUAAAUUGCAUCUGUACUGAAUGUGUACAGUCUACAGCCAUACCACCCUGAACGUGCCCAAUCUCAUCUGAACAUGUACAGACCGUUUUCCUUGUUAUAUUUCCUAAACAACACAGUAAAACAACCAUUUACAUAGCAUUCACAUUGUAUUAGGUAUAAUAAAAGUCAUCUAGAGAGGAUUUAAAGUAUCCUAAGGAUGUACAUAGGCUAUAUACAAACCCUAAUCCUCUCUUACUUUCUCAAAUUCCAUACACUACAAUUUCAGUAUCCAGUGAGUUCUGGAAACAAACUGCCUAUAUAUAUUGAAGGAUGACUGCACUGAUAAGCAGACCUCCUUCUAAUAUUUCAGUUAGGGUUGUAUGAGUUACAAGUGAAGAAUGGUGCUAAAUCAAUUUGUAAAGGGUCAUUGGUCAUAUAAAUGAGCAUCUAAAGGAAAGUAAAGUCUAUUACUUGUGUCCAGUAUGAAUUCUAGCAUCCUACUUUGUGUGUAUCUGAAAAAAUAAUGAAACCAAUUUUCCUACAUGGCUUGUCAAUCAGUCUUACUGCUUUACAGUCCUACCUCAAAUGCAACGGUAAUUCUUUUGAUAAAAUGUUUGAUUGUUCUAUUAAUAUACUACACAAUAAAUAAGGUCUCCAUUUUAACAGCAGUUUUUAAAUUCCCACUCUCCAACAGUUGACUUAUCUCAGGUAUACUUUAUAAUGCUAUAACUUGUAAGCAGAAAUCUCCAAGGACUAAAUCUAUUUUAUUUAAGAAAAAAAAAAAAACAAAUACUUGUUCCACGCUCAUCAGUUAAUACUUUUACUGGAAUAUUUUCAAAGAAAUAGUAAGAUAUCUUUCUGUUAACUUCAGUUUUCAAAGACUGAUGGUGUUUGUCAUAAUAAUACUUUCUGGUUUUGAGUGUGUAUGUGCAUAUGUGUGUGUGUGUGUGUACGCGCACAAUAUAAUCACUUAAUUUUAUUUGGCAGGAAUUAAAACUUCAUUAGUAUUUUCAUCAAGAGAGACAGCUUGAUGUAUUGUAUCAUCAUGGCAGGAGGUGUUAUUUUAACUGCAUUUAAAGAACUAUUUCUUAAGGUCAGGUGUUUAAUCAAUGGAAGUCUACACACUUCAGUUUCAGGCAUGGUACCUUUGGCAAUGGUACCUUUGGAAGUAAUAAAUUUAAUCAUAAUUGGCUGUAAGACAACUGACACCUAAGACAAUUGAAACCUAACUGAUUUCUUAAAGCUAAAGAAGAGGAUAGAAAGAGUGACAUUUAGGGAAGUUACUUGGACAGUUAAUUUCUUGAGGAAGACAUGAAGUUCAUGUGAAAACAAAGUAGUAGACACAAGUGCAGCACAAAGACUGUGUGGGGCAAGACAUUACCAGAAUGGAGAAUCAUAAUUUCUAUUCAGUAAUGUCAGGUAUUAGGAGUAAGAGAAAAUAAAAGGAAAAUUUGGAAAACUGUAACUAUUGCUAAUAGAUUACAGUAAAUGAAGUAGGGUAGCCAAAGAAAGGGAGAAAGGACUGUAAGCAAUAAUGUUCAGUGGAAGACAGUAUAGAUUUAUGAAAAAAAAGAUUUACAAAGAAAUUUCUGGUUAAAAUAAGUAUUUUUAGAAAAAAAUUAGGUCUCUUGUAGGGACUUUUAGCUGCAAACGAACCUAGGAGGAGAGCAAUAGACUGGAACUAUGUGAUCCCUCCAACUUCUUUAGUCCAAGUCUAGUAACUACAUAAUUAUGUAAUUUUAAAGAACUAAUUUUCUCCAUUUGAAUCUUCUUAAAGGGAGAGAGUUACUAAAUUAACAUAAAGGAUGAAGAGCAGCUCAAGACUUCUAUAAACUGAAACUCUACAAACCUCAAAAUAACAGACCUAAUAUACAAUAUAUUACAUGCUCAAAAGCAUGCAUAUUAGUUCUUCUAGGGAAAGCACAUUAGAAUGAAAGUAGGGGAGGGGCAUUCUGGAAUCUAGAUUUCCCCUGGAAAAAAAAAGGUACAUUGAGCCUUCAAAAAAAAAAAAAAAAAACCAAAUAUCUUUAAAUACUCACCUGGAUAUUAAGCUUGGAUACACAAUGAAAUGAGGCAUAAUUUUUUGAUAUUUCUUUUGAGUUUUCUUAAUCUCCAUAAAAUUAAAUGGUAUGUAAAGGGAAUCACUCAGACAAAAUGACAUUAGUAAAUUUUUUCGUGAUAAGUAACUUAAUUAUUAUUCUAAGUUGAAUAACAUCAAAA